AUGGCUUCAGCGGUAUCUUCUGGAGUGAUCAUGGUUCAGCCAGCGGUUCUCAGCGAUGAAACAACCUACCUCUUUCAUCGGUCCUUCACGCAGCCGCUCAAGCUUGUGGAAAGCUCCAAGGGUCAUGUGCUCACCAUGGGUGACGGCCACAAGAUUCUCGAUGCAUGUGGCGGUGCUGCAGUUGCUUGCAUCGGCCAGGGCAACGAAGAGGUGAUUGCAGCGGCCAUGGAGCAGAUGCGCAAGAUCACCUACACGCAUCCACUAUCCUACACGACGCGGGCAGCAGAAGAUCUGGCACAGGCUUUCCUGGGCGGAAACACUUUUGGCCUGCAGAAGAUGUUUCUUGUUGGCAGCGGCAGUGAGGCCAACGACAUUGCCAUGAAACUGGCCCGACAUUACUUUGUCGAAAAGGGCCAGCCAGAGCGUGUCAACUUUGUUGCAAGGAAGCAGGCGUUCCACGGAAACACCAUUGGUGCGCUGUCGCUAGGCUCCCAUGUGGCCCGUCGCCGGCCAUACCUCCCCAUCACGCUGGAGAGCCGCGUCAGCCACGUAAGCCCUGCGUAUGCGUACCAGUACCAGAAGCCGGAUGAGACAGAGGCUGGCUUUGUGGCGAGGCUGGCCAAGGAGCUGGAGGACGAGUUCCUACGGCUAGGCCCACAGACCGUUGUAGCCUUUGUGGUAGAGACCGUUGGAGGUGCCACCAGCGGCUGUGUCACGGCUCCCGAGGGCUAUUUUGUUGCCGUGAGAGAGAUUUGCGAUAAGUACGGCAUUUUGCUGAUCCUCGACGAGGUCAUGAGCGGUGCCGGGCGGACGGGCACUAUGUUUGCAUUCGAGCAGGAGGGCAUCGUGCCUGACAUCAUGACACUCGGAAAGGGCCUGGGCGGCGGAUAUACCCCAGUUGCAGCUAUCAUUGCCCACAAACGUGUCUGCGACGGGUUCCGGGCAGGACCUUCGCAGGCUUUCAAUCACGGGCAGACAUACCAGGCGCAUCCGCUCUCUGCUGCCAUUGCCACUGCGGUUCAGCGCGUGGUCCGGCGGGACAGCCUGGUGGAUCGCUGUGCCUGUAUGGGACGUCUUCUUGGGGGCCAGUUGAAGGAGACAUUUGCUGACGCCGAAUACGUUGGAGACAUCAGAGGACGUGGACUGUUUUGGGCUCUUGAAUUCGUGCGAGACCGCAAGACGAAAGAGCCAUUGGCACCUUCGCUCAACUUUGCCUACAAGGUGAAUGCGGAGAGUUUCCGGCGCGGCGUCUCGCUUUAUCCCGGAAGCGGGACCGUAGACGGUGUAGUUGGCGACCAUUUGAUGUUUGCCCCAGCGUAUACGAUUACGGAGGAGGAGAUUGCACGCAUAGUUCGGACGGCACGAGAGGGAUAUGACCACAUGGCUGGCCCGGCCGGUCUCUUACUCUCUGUGCUCUUGGCACGCAACGGCCUUAGCCAAAUCCUGUGUGUCGAGCCUCGACUGGAAGUCAUCGCAGCUGGCCAUGCAGAUGGACUGCAUUCCCGUUCCCUGGAGAUGUUUAAGCUACUGGGGCUGUAUGAAGAGCUCAUGAAAGCAUCCACCGAAGUUGGCGAGCGGGCACGAUGGGCUCAAGGAUCAGAGAAAUCCGAGAGCCUUGGCCAGCCCCGAAUGGAGCGAGUCAUGCGUCAAAAGAUCUCGCUGGCUCCCAAUGCGCGGAUGAAGCAGCUAAUUAGCAUUCCCCAGGGCCGGAUCGAGCGGAUCUUGGAGGAAGAUCUGAUGAAACAUGCCAACCAUGCACUCCAGCGCAGUUUUCGGGUUGUCGAUGUGCGCAUAGAUGAGACUUCGGCAAGCUAUCCGGUCUUGGUCACCAUCUGUGAAGAUGCAGGAGUACAAACGCGACAGAUCCAAUGCAAGUUCCUGGUCGGAGCAGAUGGGGCUCACUCUACAGUGCGCCGGUGUAUGGGGGUGGAGAUGGAGGGCGACUCAACCGAGCAUGUCUGGGGCGUGGUGGAUUUUGUUACGGAUACUGAUUUCCCGGAUAUCCGAAGGCUCACGACCGUCCAGAAUAGCGCCGGCAUGGCUAUGGUAAUACCGCGUGAGACCAAUGGUCAGGGCCAAUGGCUGACUCGUUUCUAUGUGGAUAUGAACGACCUGGAGCUGAAGAGGCAGCAUGCGGAUGCAGAGACGAGUACGAUUUUUAUUAAAAACCAGCAGAAGAAGUCACGUAUCACUGUUGAGGACAUUCUGCAGAGACUGGCCGAAAUAUUUGCUCCGUUCCGCAUGAUUAUCAAAAAAGGAACAGAGGUCGAUUGGUCUACUGCCUAUGCGGUUGGGCAACGAGUGGCAUCUGCAUUUAUCCAAGUGGAUGCCAGCAACAUUCCGAGAAUAUUUCUCGUGGGCGAUGCCUGCCAUACACAUAGUCCGAAGCUUGGCCAGGGGAUGAACGUCAGCAUGGCCGACUCCUUCAAUCUGGCCUGGAAGCUCACACACGCGUUGAAUGGCUCGGCUGCUAGCACUAAGAACCUACUGCAGAGCUACGCCUCCGAGCGUCGGCUAAUCGCCCAGCAGCUGAUCGAGCUGGACCGUCGUUGGUACAGCAUACAGUGGGCCGAAAGCGAGCGCAAGAAGCAGCCGGGCUACCAGGACGAGUGUGUCCGGCUGUACCAGGACAUUUCCGGCUUCACCAGCGGCUGCGGCAUUCAGUACGAGGAAUCACUGCUCGUGGUCGUCCAAGCAGGAGAAGCCGUCAUUCACGGCACGGACGAGAAUGACGAGGGUCUUACGCCAAACAGCGGCAUGGUCAAGCCGGGACGACGGCUCCCGAACACCACCGCUCUACGUAUUGCCGAUGGAUGUCUGUGGGAUCUCCACGAUAAUCUGCUGCCUGACGGGGCAGGCUUCAAGAUCUUUGUCUUCUGUGGCCGGGACCUGCUCGACCGGCACAGCCACUCAGCCCAGACCCUCCAGGUCGUGUUCGACCAGGUCAUCCCGGCUUUUCCCCGAGCAUUCUUGGACGCUUUUGUUGUAGCCCCUGAGACGGUCUAUACUCAUGGAGGCUCUUCGAAGCACGUCUCUCCCCUGGCUGAAUAUGAUUUGUGGCCAUUGAUUCCUGCUUGCAUAAAGCGGGAAGCUGAGAUGAGAACGUAUGCUCUGGCACAGACAGGCUAUGAUAUCUACGGCAUCGACAUAGAGAGAGGAGCCGUCGUUGUUGUCCGUCCGGACGGGAUUGUCGGGACUGCUCUGGCUUUGGAUCUUCGAAUCAAUGCCGGACUGAUGAGUUAUCUUCAAGGCAUACUUGCAUAA